AUGAGCAAGCGCCGCCGGAGAAACAGCCGCAGGAGGAAGAGCUCCAGUAGCAGCAAGCAGAGUAUCUGUCCAUACAGCCUGCAUAAGAACACGAAAACGCCCCGCGAUGAUGGCUCUCUGAUGGACGAGCACACAGAGAAGGGCGAGGCAGACUCCCUACACAAGGAGAACUCCCUGAGCAAAUCGGACGCCGAGGACGAUGAGAAGGAGAAGGAGACGGAAACACCCUGCGAGGAGAACAGGCGGGACAGUACGGUCGCCUGCUUCCAGGGCAACUGCGACAGUCAGGCGAGCAGCCCGACAGACGACCCCAGAACACAAAGUCAAAGGUCAGACCAAGGGCUGAGAAUCACCACCUCAGUGACCAUCGAGAACUUGGAGAAGAACACGUCCCAGAUCGUCCUUCAGAGGUCACACGAGUCAGGAACUGGCCUGGCAGGGCUGGGCAGCAACAACAACACCAUCGCCGUGACAACCACCAAGUUGAAGGGCAUCCAAGCGAACAUGAAGAUCGAGAUCAGCGAGGUGCUGAGGGUGGACGAUUCCGAUUACAAGACCACCUUUAUCCUCCAGAGGGCGCCGACAGACUCCACCUCUGCCGCUGGCCCUACUUCUGAAACCCCAAACAACGAACGCUUCAGCUUUUCUCACCCUUGCAUCCAGAUGACCAGACUGGACGAUGACAAUGAUGGAACACAGAGGCCCUUUGAGAAUGUGAGCUACGAGUUCAGCGUGGUGGAGAUGAGUAGAGAGGGCCUGGUGGACAUGCGGACAGAUUCCGUGCCGCCUGUGUGUUACAGCGAAGACUGUUACAAAAGCUGCUGCCAAGACCGCUGCUAUGGAUACGGCCAUUUCCGUCGCUACGACACUGAUUGCACGCUGGUCGAUGAGUCAUCUACCUUUUCGACUCCGUCUGAUUUUUGCCGUUUGCAGAAGGACAACAGCAUCACCAGUGACACGCAAGUAGACAUCCCGCCACCCGUGGAGUUUGCUGACCCAGGAGUGCACCAUGAUAAUGUGAAUGACCUCACACAGGAUGUACGCAUGUUCCACAUAGGUGCUCCCGAUGAAGCAAAUUACCUGGAAGAGAGCGCCUCGGCGAUGACGUAUGGAGCCUCGAGCCGCGCGCGGGAGUCCCUGUGCUGUCCAUCUACCGAGGGAGGCAGGAGCUAUGACGAUGAGGAUGAUGAUGAUGCUGACGACGGCUCCGACUGCAUGGAGGCCGAUGACCUCUCCAUGUGGCCCGACGCCCCCAUGAGCAGAUCGAGCUUCACCAAAAGCUUCAUACACAAACACAAGAGGAAGACUUGCAUCCGGAACAACAGCAUCGCCAUCCUGGAGAACAACACGCCACCUGCGGGUUACCUGAACAUACCACUGAAGCGGCGGAAGACUCUCCCGGCAUUGCUAAACCAAUCUGACGACAACCAUGAGGACAUGGUGCCCAUGUGUAGGGAAUCCUUCUCCUCCGGAGCGCUCUCUCCGUUCUUCACGCAAUCUCUGGCUCGCGAGACGGAACGAGCAGAGAGGUUCUACCUCGACGAAGACCCGUCGUUCUCUCCGCUUUUCCCAGAGAGCCGCAAGAACUCCAAGUCCAGCACUGCACUGGCAACGAGCCCGGCGCGCAGACACAGCAUGUUCUCCCCGAAGUUCUACGCCUGCAGUUCGGCAGGAACUUCCCUCUUUGAUUCGGACAGAGACACUGCGAGUAGCGAAAGGGCACUGCAGCUGGAGUUGUCUGCGGUUGAGGAGGCCAACAGCCUGGACGGUGCAACCGGCAGCCAGGUCUAUGAGAGAGUCACAGAGAGCGGGUUCGAUGAGGAGAUGGGGGACAUGGAAAGCGUUGCCGAUGGUGGUGGCAUGUCCAUGGCCAGGACAGUCUCGUUUAGAGACCACUUCAUCCACAUCACCCCUCCUUCUCCUGGGUCCUCCAGAGAGAGCGACAUCAACUGCGACAGCAGCAGCCACAAGGAAGGUCAAAGGAAGAUGAGUGAAGUGGACAAAGCCAUGCCACAACAACACACAAGGGAAGCAGAUGUUUCUUCACAAGCGGAGGCAGCGCGCCAGGGAUCCACAGGUUCUGACGGUCAGCCCAAGACUCGAAAGGGGUCCGUCACGACAGUCAUGAGGGUGGGAAGCGAGCAGAGGAUUUUGCACAGUCACUGUCCAGACCCCAGUCCGUCAGAGAAGAUCAACAAGGAAGUCACCCCCACCAGUACCACCACUACCAUCAACAACAACAACGUCAACAGCCAUAACGACAACGACGACAUCAACAGCACAACCACUACCACCACCAUCAUCAACAAUAACAAUAACAUCAAUAGCACAACAGUGUCAACACCCAAGGCCUGCUGCUCCCUUUUUCCGAUAGUGGACGUGGAGCAGAUGGAAGAGAACAUCGUUGCCGUGGAGACGGGUCAACUGAGCCCCGCUCUGAGGCCCACUCUGGUGUCCCAGUCGAGCAUCUCCAUCCAGUCGCUCUCGCCGCUACCCUGCGAAGCCACCGAGCUGCACAGUGACUCCAACCACUCGCUGAGGUCGUCUCAAGAGGCAGAGGUGAAAGAUCAGGGGGCGCUGGAGAAACGUGGCAAGUGCAAAACCAAACGAAGCCUGCGAGUCCCGCACAAAGCCAAGGCGCUGGCGCCGGGAUCUCCAAGAAGGCACAGCACCACCAAAAUCUCGGAUAUCAAGCAGAUGCUGUCUCACAAGGAUCCCGAUGAGGCUGGGCCUCAUGACCACUGGGCCAGACGGCGUAAGCUCUUUAAGGAGAGCAAACACAGGAGCUCAGCGGGAGGAAGCUCGAUAGCCAGCAAUAUCACAGACGAGUCAGACACAAUGUUCUCCGAGGACGUUCGGGAGGUUGAGACGACAGUGAGGCAUGUUGAGGACAGACUCUUCUACACAGAGACGUUUCACUGCGCGGCGUGGCUUUAUCGUGGAGAUGACGUCAGUCCCGCUGAGAGCCCGCGCGUUCUGAGCAAGCGGCCACGGCCUGUCAACAUUCGCGAAAGGACGGUGAAGAUCACCAAAGGGUUUGGAGAAUACCCUUGGGGAUUCAGGAUACAGUUCUCCAAGCCAAUCAUCGUCACAGAGGUGGACACAAAUGGAGCAGCAGAGGAGGCGGGGCUUCUGGUGGGAGAUUACGUGCUGGUGGUGAAUGGAACAGACGUCACCAACGCUCCACAUUCCGAGGCGGCAGACCUGGCUCGCCAAGGCCCAGACCUGCUAACGCUGAUCAUUGGAUCUGAUAUUGGCCGCUGCCCCAACACCCCGAGGCCGGCCUGCCGCGGGUACCUGCACAAGCGCACCCAGUCCAGCCUCAUCAAGGGCUGGAGGAAGAGGUGGUUCGUCCUACGCCACGACUGCUGCUUGUACUACUACCGAUACAAGAAGGACGAGGGAAAGAGCCAACCGUUGUCCAAACUCAAGAUGGAGGGUGCGGAGGUGGAAGCGGACAGCAGUCUCGGGAAGCCCUUUGUUUUCAAGUGCUCACCUGCCAACGGAGGGCGGGUCUACUACUUCUGUGCCACAUCCAACCAGGACAUGAAGAGAUGGGUAGAAGCCAUGUCUGAAGCAGUUCAGCCUUUACCGCCGGACCACGUGUGGGUGGACGUGACCAGGCACAAUGCAAGCCUGCCCCCUCUGGCCGUCAAGGCCCCCGAGUGCCUAGGUCUGCUGCACCAGCUGGAUCGCACCAAGGACGUCUGGGUGCAGAACUACUGCAUCCUCAAGGACGGAUGCCUGUACCUGUACUCCAGCAUCCGCUCCACCUUUGCCCUGGGAGGAGUUUACCUUCAAGGCUACAAUGUGCGAGAGCAGCCAAUGGGAUCCAAGCGUUCCACCAUCGAGCUGAAGCCGCCUUCCGAGGAGUUCAAAACAUUACACUUCUGUGCGGACAACCCCACCGAGAACAAACGGUGGAUCCUGGCUAUCCGGGCCUCCAUCAGUAAGUGGGUGCCUCUACACCAGGCCAUACAGGACUAUAUGAGCAAGCCCCCGGAGGAGACACGCAUGUAA